AUGAGGCAGAAGUCUAGAGCUACUUGGAUUCAACAUGGAGAUGCAAAUACCAAGUACUUCCAUGCUCAAUGGAAGAUGCGUACUAACAAUAAUGCUAUUGUCUCUAUUCAUAAUGAUGCAGGUACCAAAUUAACAGAUCCUAAACAGGUGGAGGAGCAAUUUUUGGAUUUCUUUAAGAAACUAAUGGGUGAGGCAUCACCAGUGCACCCUUGCCCAGAUGCUGAGGUGAUUAAAAAGGGACCUUGUCUAACAAGGCAACAACAACUGGAGCUGAUCAAGUCAGUCACUGAGGAAGAGAUAAUGGGAGCUAUUAAAAGCAUGCAAACUGACAAGGCUCCAGGGGUAGAUGGGAAGCUGCCAAAGGCCAUUAAUAGCACUGCUACUACUCUCAUCCCUAAAGUUCCUAAUCCUACACAGGUUAAGGACUUUAGGCCAAUAGCAUGCUGCACAACUAUUUACAAGAUUAUCACAAAGAUCAUCACUGGGAUUUUAAAAGCAGCAAUGAACAAUCUAGUAGGUGACUCUCAAUCAGCUUUCAUUGAAGGCAGGAAUAUAACUGAUAACAUCCUAUUCACCCAUGAACUGUUCAAAGGCUACACUAGGAAAAGUAUAUCUACAAGAUGCAUUCUCAAGGUUGAUCUUAGGAAAGCCUAUGAUACAUUGGAUUGGUUCUACUUGAAGAGGAUAAUGAUUGGAUUGGGGUUUCCACACAGAUUUUCAAUUAAGCUAAUGCAGGAUGCAUUUCUGAAAUUUUCAAGAGCCUUUGGACUACAGGCAAAUCCUGACAAAAGCUCAGUAUACAUUGCAAGUACAACUGAGAGGAUGAAAGAACUUAUCUUGCAGGAGUUAGGUUAUAAUGAAGGCAACUUACCCUUUAAAUACCUAGGGGUUCCAUUAGCUCCUAAAAAGCUAUCUAAUCAACAGUGUUGGCCAUUAGUUGAAAAGAUUACUGCAAGGAUCAGUUGUUGGACCUCAAAACUAUUUUCAUAUGCUGGAAGAUUGCAGCUCAUCAAGUCAGUGAUUUUUGGGAUGCAGUCUUAUUGGGCUCAAGUAUUUUUACUACUAAAGAAGAUCAGCAAAAUGAUCGAGGCAAUAUGCAAAACCUUCCUAUGGACAGUGCGGGCUGAUAUAUCCAGAAGAGCUUUGGUAGCAUGGGACAUGGUCUGUUUACCACAAACAAUGGGAGGGUUGAAUGUGAUUAACCUGUGCAACUGGAACAAAGCUGCAAUAAUAAAGCAUUUGUGGGCAAUUACAAAGAAGAAAGACUGCUUGUGGAUUCGAUGGGUCCAUUCCUACUACAUAAAGAACAUGAGCAUUGACACCAUACCUAUACCUAAGAGUGCAGCUUGGGUAAUAAGGAAGAUUAUUGAGCAAAGGAAGUUUAUAUUGAAUCUACCAACUCUACAAGGCAAUGUGCAAGAAAGACUGGAGUCCUUACAGAGCACAAAUGGUAAAACAGUAUCAAGAAGCUAUAUAACUUGCAAACUCCUCAGGGAAGAAGAGAUAUUUGAACAUCUAUUCUUUGAAUGCUCCUACACAAGUGAUGUCUGGAAGAGAUUGCUAAACUGGAUGGGAAUCCAAAAACAGAUUCAAACUUGGGAGGAGGAACUGCAAUGGGUGACUUAUCAUGCUAGGAAGAAGAAAGGAAUUGGCAACAUUAUUGUAGCAGUGUUUGGCAUGCUGCUGCACAGCUUAUGGAGGGACAGGAAUUCGAUCAGAUUUCAAAAUGGAAGCACCUCAGCAGAGCAGAUAUGGCGAGAGAUUACUUCAUAUGUUCAUAUCAAAAGCCAUAUACACAGCAAUUGGCAGGAACAUAUGGAAGCUCUAAACAAAUAUCCAUAG